AUGGAUAAAGUUAAUAGCUGUUGCUGUGGUGUAAAUGCUAAGCCAUGCUGCACAGACCCUAACAGCGGAUGUUGCUGCGUAAGUAAGACUGAUAAUUGCUGCAAAUCUGACACAAAGGAAUGUUGCACUGGUACAGGAGAGGGAUGCAAAUGUGUUAAUUGCAAGUGCUGCAAACCUCAAGCAAAUUGUUGCUGUGGAGUUAAUGCUAAACCCUGCUGCUUUGAUCCCAAUAGUGGAUGUUGCUGUGUUAGUAAAACUAAUAACUGUUGUAAAUCUGAUACUAAAGAAUGCUGUACUGGUACUGGAGAAGGAUGCAAAUGUACAAGUUGCUAAUGCUGCAAACCUGUUUAAUAAGGAUGUUGUUGUGGUGAUAAAGCUAAGGCUUGCUGUACUGAUCCAAACAGUGGAUGUUGCUGCUCAAAUAAGGCAAAUAAAUGCUGUGAUGCUACUUCAAAGCAAGAGUGUUAGACUUGUUAAUGUUGUAAAUGA